AUGUUCGCGAUCUUGUCCAUUGUUGUGUUGACAUUAGUGCUAGCGGUGAUGGUGGGACUCUAUCAGAAAAAUACCAACGCAAUGUGCAAAUCAAGGAAGAGACUUGAUGGGAAGACCGCCAUUAUCACAGGCGGCACCACCGGCAUGGGCCUAAGAAUUGCUAUCGAUUUCGCCGACCGAGGAGCCAAGGUAAUUGUCGCAUGCCCUUACCCUGACGAAGGGGCCAGCGCUAUAAAAACGGUCAAUAACAAAACCGGCAGUGAGAAAGUGAUCUACAAAUACCUCGACCUUGCCUCACUAGAGUCUGUGCGGAGUUUUGCAGCAGAGAUCAUGAACACCGAAGAUAAACUUGAUAUUUUAGUCAACAACGCCGGAGUUGGUAGUAUCGGUGAUUUUCUGACCAAAGACGGCCUGCAUAUUACAAUGCAAGUAAACUAUUUUGGACAUUUCCUCCUAACGCUGUUGCUCCUGCCGCUUUUGAAGAAGACGGGAAGUCCUUUGGAACCGAGUAGGAUAGUGAACACGUCAUCUCUAUAUCAUAAUAUUGGCAAGAUCGAUUUCAAAAACUUAAACAAAACUAAUUAUUGGUACAAGUUUCAAAUCUACGCGCACAGUAAGCUAGCUCUGGUAAUGUUCGCUCGAGAACUUACUUGUAGAUUGAGGGGUAGCAGGGACACGCAUGUCGUUAUUAAUUCUGUCGAUCCCGGCGCAGUUGGCACAAAUAUUCAAUAUUCGUAUGGUUUAAUCAGAGGUGCAAUUGUAAAGUUUCUGAUUUAUUAUAUGUUUAAAACACCAUGGGAAGGAGCUCAAACUGCUAUCCACGUGGUGAUGGAUAAGAAGGCCGGUGAAGUCAGCGGGGAAUUCUUCAAAAACUGCAAGCGGGUGUCAGCGCACUGGAGUGCUUACAACGAGAAAGUUGCGAAGCAGCUGUGGGAAGAAUCAGUUAGACUUGUAAAAAUGAGUGACGAAGAACUCCAUCGUUGCUUCCUUGAUUUGUAA